CUAAGCAGUACACACGUACACAAAUAAUAAUUAUUAUAUAUAGUCUUCCAGUUGUUUAUUGUUACUUAUUACAGUCAUACAUACCAUAAAUCACCAUGUGUGUGUAGUUACAUGUUACAUUGUGCGAAACGACCGUGAUAGUCAACAGUAUUUAGUAUUUAAUUCAGUAUCUGAGGAUUCCAGUAUUUUAGUUUAGCACAAUCAAAGUUAUUCUUCAUUUCUUCAUCAUAUACCGCGAUCUAUUUAUUACCGGCACGGGAUUAAAAAGUCUUACAAGUCUUAACUGUACAGUUAUUGUAUGUGUUUGUGCUAGUGUAUGUUUUAUACUUAAUACUUUAUAAUAUCCUUAUCCAUCGCAGUUUAUUCGCAUCAUCGGCUUCGACAUUACAUCUAACAUAACUUGAUAUAUAACUUAAGCCUCAAUACAAUUUAUUAAGUGCAAGUCGAGUCUUAUAAUCUUCAGUCGAGUUUUAGCUUCAGAAGACUUUGCACACUAUUACUUAUUACACUCAGUAUUCUUCUAAUUAAUGAAGAUAUAAAUAAAAAUAAAAAUACAAAUAUAUCUUCAGUAACUGACUAUGACGGAAGAAGUAAAUAUUUAUGCGUACGGUGUGUUUUGUGAAUUGUGGAUAUUUUGGUUACUGUGAACUGUGAUAAAGACCUUGCUGUUAACUUGUCCUUUCACUUGAUCUUGACAUUCUUUUCAAUUCUAAUUUAUUAUCAAAAUAAUCCGUAUAUUUAAUAUGUUUUUUUUUCUAAAUAAUGAAGAAUAUAAUAUAAUAUUCAAUAUGAGGUAGAUAAGUAAUAAAGAGACAAGUCGGCAGAAAUGUUGAAUGGGAAGAAAUAGGAAUCGGAUUGUUUUUUAUGAUAGAGUAAUUGUUAAGAUUAGUUUAUUUAAAAAUAUUUAUUAAAAGACAUUUAUGAAUAAAUUGAUGUAGAUAGUGAGGAUUCUCGAUUGUUAUUGUGACAAUAUCUGGUUUAUUUAUUCUGGUAAACAUGCAACGUGUGCAGACUAUCUCCGCUGAUCCGAUGGUAUUGGAUCAUAAAGCAACGAGUCUACACAGUGAUUACGGUAGUUUUGAUCGACCAUUAAGUAGCAACGGUGAGCAGAAUCACGACAGGGACGUUGAAGUUGCAGUUGAUGGAAGUACCAGUGGAAUGGCACAGUCCAGUGAUGUUUAUCAGCGACAACCGCUUUUGCCAGGAGCGCCUGCUAAGAGUAAAGACCGGUGGGGCGCCGUCGGUUCCAGUGGUGAUUAUUACGAAGAUGAUAAUGAUAAAAUAGAUAAUAUUAGUACGCGUACCGGUGGCUUACAAAAUGGCAGCGGAAUUGUCAAGAUUGAUAUUCCUCCGCCGUUGAGAGAAGAGCCGCGAUUUCCCAAAGAAAAAUGGAAAACCGUUCUUGCAUUUUUAUUUAUGGUUUUUAAUUUUAUACUAACAACAACAUCACUUGCAAUGUUACACGAACGCGUACCAGAUCGUAGUGUGUAUGGUCCAUUACCGGAUAUUGUAUUAGAUAAUAUUGAAGUACAAAAUUGGGCACUUGAUGUUUCGGAAGUUUUAAUUGUUAUUGUAUCUAAUUCUGCUGUGUUAUUAGUAAUAUUCCAUAAGCAUAGGUUUAUUGUUGUCAGACGAAUAUUUAUACUGAUGGGUCUGCUGUAUAUGAUGAGAAGUAUAACAUUUUAUGUGACAGUCCUGCCAAUGUCCAGCAAAACAUAUUACUGCAGUCCCAAGUUGAAUCACACAACACCGCUUAUUAUCACGAAACGUGUAUUACAGCUGAUAUCUGGGUUUGGAUUGUCGAUAAAUGGCAAACAUACUUAUUGCGGUGACUUUAUUUUCAGCGGUCACACCGUUGUUCUUGUACUUUGUUACCUGAUUAUUCAAGAAUACUCACCAAAAAAAUUCCAACCAUUACACUGGAUUGCUGGAAUAACGGCAUUCGUUGGUGUUGCUAUGGUUUUAGUUGCCCACUGUCAUUACACCGUUGACGUUAUUAUUGCAUAUUGGGUUACAACACGUUUGUGGUAUAUUUAUCACACAUUAGCUAAUAACGCUCAAUUAAAGCAAUUCGGACCAAAUAAUUUCUUGGCGCGAUUAUGGUGGUUCCGAUUGUUCAGAUAUUUCGAAAAGAAUGUUGGUGGAACAGUACCCAGACAAUACGAUUGGCCAUUGCCCUGGCCAAGAAGGUUUCUUGCCAAGCAUCCCAACCGUGAUAGUUAAUACUCGUAAAUUAAAUAAUUACGAAGCUACUUACGUUUAGAAAUGGGGUAACAUUUUUUAAUGUAUAUAAUUAUAAUUAUUAUUAUUAUUAUUACGAUUAUUAUUAUUAUUAUUAUUAUUAUUAUUAUUAUUAUUAUUAUUAUUAUUAUUAUUAUUAAAAUUACCAAUAUCAUUUUGGUUUACAUUAAGUAAGAAAGUGCCGGUUAAGAAAAUCGACGGACAAAUCUCGUAUGACUGCUUGUGGUUUUGUAAUAUGAUAGUUAAAAUUAUAAACUAUAAACAUAAAUAAAUAAACGAAUGAUAAUAAUUUUACAGCAUAAAUAUAUAAAGUUUAUCGUUAUAUUAUGGUAAUUUUCCAGGAACUCUACUAUCACUUUAAUUGUUCGAUAAAUUUUUUCCGUUUAUACAUCGUGUAAAGUUAUACUUGUUUUAUAAAAUUUACACUUAACACAAAACAUAAUCGUAAAGUUUUAAUUCUCGAUAAGUCUGCUAAAAGUAAAAUUAAAAAUUUGUUCCACACUCCUCUAGACCCUCACAGAUGUUCCUCGGUCAUUUAAAAUUCUUUUUUCAAUGACUAUGAUAAUAAUUGGUGAUCGGGGUUUAAAGAACUGAACCUAUCCUAAUUAGAAAUCUUUAUUUAGAUCGUGGAAUUUUUUGUGGGACCAAUGACACACAAACAAUUGGAGAGCUCAAAGUAGGAUCAGUUUUCAAAUUAGCACUAAAUAUUAGACUUUUUUUUUUUUAAUUAAAAUAGAGAGUUCUCUUGGAAAUAUUUAAUAUUUAUUAAUUAAUAAAUUUUAAUUGAUCAACAAUUGAUGCAAAACAUGACAAGGCAUUAAUUAAUAAGUUUUAAAUUAAAUGAAAAUUCUUAUCUUCCUUUACCGUUAAUGCUUAUUAAUAUUUUUGUCGAAUUUAUAAAAAAAAAAAAAAAAAAAAAAAAAGUAAAAAUGUUAAGCUAAAGACUUUGUUCUGAAACAAUUUUUUUUCAUAUUUUUAAUGAUAUUAAUAGGUUAUGUAAAUUCUGUAGGUUUUUUGAUAUAAAUACAAGCAAUGACUACUGUUCAAAAAUGUUUAAAAAUUUUUUUAAAAAUAAUUUUUUAAAAAUGUUGGUGUCAAAAAACCAUCGGAAUAGCCAUCGACAAAGAAUGUUAAUUUAAAAAGUUUGUUCUGAAAAAUUUGAAGGUUAGAAAAAAUUGUGCAUUGUUCAAAUAAAAAUGCAGACUGUGAAAAAAAGUUAUAAUAAACAAUAAAAAAUCUGCCGUAAUUAGCACAAUUUAUGUGUACAUUUACUUAUGGAAAUAUAAAAAUAUGCUGUAUUAAAAAAAAUAUACAUACAUAUAUAUAAGAAAUACUAGUAUAUAUUUUUCAUAACAGCAAUACAAUCCACUCUAGCCAAAAUAAAGAAAUGAAAACUGCUUGUCACAAUUUGUUUUUUAAUAAUAAUAAAUUUACUGUAUAGUGAAUAAUAGAAUAGUCAAAAUAAUAAAUAAUUACUGUGGAAUUAAUUGUAUCAAUGAGACUGUUAUGUACGUUGAUUUCAAACUAAAAAUUAUAAAUCACGUUAAAAUGAAGAUACGUUUGAACAAUAUUAAAUUUUAAUGUAUUUAUACACUACGUCAUUGUUUUUGUUUUUAGAAAAA